UCCGCGUCUCGUCAGCCAAAGCUUGCCGCUUGAGUGCUGGAGAAAAAGAGCAAACGCGAUGCGUCGCUGGGCCGUAUCCCCCUCCCUUCCUCCGGCGGCGUUCGCGUCCGCGACUCUCGGACUCGGCGUCGGGCCUCCUCAAGCCCGAACCCUGGCUUCCGCUGCCACCCCCCCUCCUCUCGGCCACUGCUCUCCGCCAUGCCCCCGCCGCCCCCGCCGCCGCCGCAGCCUGUGCUCCUCCUCCGCGGCAGCGUCGGCUGCUACGACGGCACUGGCGGUAGAGGAGGCGCGGCGUGGGCGGAAGCAGCUGGGCAUGGACCCGCCGCUCUACGACUACCUCCUCUCCAACGUCCGCGAGCACCCCGUGCUUCGGGAUCUGCGGGAAGAGACGGCAUCCAUGAGGGGGAGCCAGAUGCAGGUUUCUCCGGCACAGGCUCAGCUUCUGGCAAUGCUUGUGCAAAUUCUUGGGGCAGAACGAUGUAUUGAAGUUGGCGUCUAUACUGGAUAUUCGUCACUAGCUGUCGCAUUAGCACUUCCUGAAUCAGGUCGUUUGGUUGCUUGUGAAAGGGAUGAAAGGUGUCUAGAAGUUGCCAAGAGAUACUAUCAGCUUGCUGGGGUUGCACACAAGGUGGAUGUCAAGCAUGCUUUAGCUGUAGAUUCCCUAAGGUCAUUGCUCGACUGUGGUGAAGCUUCCAGUUAUGACUUUGCGUUCGUUGACGCAGACAAGAGAAUGUACGAGGAAUAUUUUGAGCUUCUACUUAAGCUAGUAAGAGUUGGUGGUUUAAUUGUAAUGGACAAUGUCCUGUGGUAUGGAAGGGUUGCUGAUCCGCUAGUGAAUGACCCAAAGACUAUCAGUAUAAGGGAUUUCAAUAAGAAACUUUUGGAGGAUAAACGUGUCACUAUCAGCAUGGUGCCAAUUGGGGACGGGAUGACAAUUUGUCGAAAGCUAGAAGAUGACUGACUUUGCAACAUACUGUGUACUCCAUAGAUGUUGUAAACUUCCCUUGCCAAGGUCAAGCUCUUGAAAGUCAAACUGCUUUUAGGCAAUCAGGCAAAAUGAUGGCAGCAUUUUUUGGCAUAAAAAGGAUGACAGCUUUGGAUGUAGAGUACUAAUCACCAUGGAGACAUGGAUAAGAUAAGAGUUUCCUCAGAUCAUCUAUCGCCACAUCAGAAAUGAAAAAACACACCUGUACGCCUGAGUCAAUGGAGUCGCUCAGCAGCUACUAAUACAAUCACGCAGCAGGCGUAUCACCAUGGUCUUGAGUUAAUGGACUCAUCAUAUCUCUGUCGCAUUAUGCAUUUUCUUUUGUUUCUUCUGGAGGAGGCGACAGCAUGCCUGGUACAAGCCAGCAGAUGGCAUAUGCUCUCACAACGCAUGUUGACAGUUUGUUUGCCGAUUGCGACAAGAUCUUCCAGAAGUGGGUGUAUCAAUUAGUCGCCCAUGUAUGAUGUACCAAAAUUUUGCAUCGUUUUUCUUCUUUUAGGAAAUUGACGGGCCAGAAAAUGGCGACGCUGUUGUGUUUUGAGAAUGUGUUAAUCACUAACCUCUCAGCUGGUCACCAAUGUUCAGUUGAGUAACUUAAGUUACUCGAACUGAAGGACUAAGUGUGGUAUAUUUAUGUUCCUCUGUUGUAGAAAUGUAAUCUAGCUUUUGAAUAAGUAAAGCUUGUAGACUUAAAAGCGCAAUGUGAUAUUUUUUA